CGCUUCCUUUUUGACUGCACGGCUGGCUCUCAAGAUGGCGCCGAAAGACAAGAAGCCUAAGAGGUCAACCUGGAAGUUUAAUUUGGACCUUACUCAUCCAGUAGAAGACGGAAUUUUUGACUCCGGCAAUUUUGAACAGUUUCUGCGGGAAAAGGUUAAAGUCAAUGGGAAAACUGGCAACCUUGGAAAUGUAGUUCACAUUGAACGCCUCAAGAAUAAAAUCACAGUUGUUUCUGAGAAACAGUUCUCUAAAAGGUAUUUGAAAUACCUCACCAAGAAAUACCUUAAGAAAAACAACCUUCGUGAUUGGCUUCGUGUGGUUGCAUCUGACAAGGAGACUUACGAACUUCGUUACUUCCAGAUCAGUCAAGAUGAAGAAGGGUCAGAGUCUGAGGAUUAGUUGAAGCCUGGCCUUAUGAGGCUUUGCUUACUAAGUAAAGCAUGCUGGGUACAUGAGAAAGAAUCAUCUGGAAAUAGGCUUUUAGUUUAUGAAUGAAUAAAAAUCACUGCUUGUAAAUCUUGAGUUCCAUUUAA